AUGUUUGUCGCGACCAACCAGUUCGAGGAAAGCGUCUCUUGCUCUUCGAAGGAGUUCUACGAGGAAGCUCGGUACACCAAGGCAAAGCAGAAGAUCAAGGGGUGGCAAGACCGACACCCAAAAGUACUCGAGGCGAUACGCAACAUGCGCACGAAGAAGACUGCCUCACCCGAGAAACUGAAGGUGUACAUCGCGUUCAUGACGCAGCGCAUGGACCUGCUUCUCAGGUCCUCUCAGCUCAAGCCUUUCCGGCGUCUCCGCUUCCGGAUCUUUCUGUUCAUGACGAAGAAGCUUCGGCAACUUUGUGAAAGACUGACUCCGAGAGGCAAGCGCGUGGUCGUCGGAUUCGGAGACUGGAGCAAUCAGGACGUCGCGGGGAUCAUCAAGAAGAGCCCUGCUGGUCCAGUGAAGGUAUUCGAACGAGAUCUCGCGCGCUACUGCACUGUGAUACCGAUCGCCGAGUAUCGCACGAGUAAAGUUCAUUUCGAGUGCCAGCGCCAGCUCAAGAACCAGUACUCGCAACGACUGUGCCGGGAUGGCGAAAUACGAACUCAAAAGGUUCACAGUGUACUCCAUUGCUUGAACAAUGGCUGCCGUGGUAUGACUGUGAACCGAGACGUGAACGCCUCCCGGAACAUGCGCCGACUGCUUGAAUGCAAGCUACGUGGACAAGACCGUCCCUUGGCCUACACUCGUCAGGCAAGAGCGUGA